AUGGCCAACAUCGUGGUGAAGACCAUCUGGCAGUCCAAGGAGAUAAAUGAAGCUGGAGAUACCCCGAGCGGAGGAGCGGAGAGUCGGCCUCAGAGCAGCAAGGAGCAGAUGGGGAAGUCUGGCGGCAUCAAGGCCUUCCCUAAAAAGAAGAAAGCCGUCUCUUUCCAUGGGGUUGAGCCUCACUUGACAAGCGAAAGCCCCAACCUCAACUUGAAGCGCUCCUCUGCCUGCACCAAUGUUUCACUCCUGAACCUGACUGAUGGGGAGCAUGAAGACUCCACCACCGAGAACGACCCCUCAGACGAUGGGGGUUCUCCAGAGGGGGCAGCAGGGGGAAAAAAGGACCCCCCGCCCCCUGUCAAGGCUGCAUGGUCCGAGGAUGACUAUGACACCCCCAUCCAACAGGAAGUGAGCAAUAGUGGCCUCUUGCGAGCCAAGGACUCCAUCACCAGCCUCAAGGAGAGGACGUCCAAGGUCAAUCGCCAUGUUCAGAACCUGCAGAGUGAGUGCGCAGUGCUGUGCGAAUACCUGGACUGGCGCAGACAGGAAGCCAAAGACCUGGAGGAGUACUGCACUCAGCUCCAGGAGAGGUGCCGAAAGUUCACGAAAUCCGUGGAGGAUGCUGAAGUUAAGGCCAACGUGCUCAAGAAAAACUCAGUGCUGCUGGAGGAGAAGCUGUGCUUCUUACAGCGGCAAGUACAGGCAGAGGACCUCACCCAGCAAGUGAAGCCGCUCCUGGAAGAUGUGUCCCAGCACCUCUCCGUAUUCAAGUCCUCAGACACACUUGAAAAAUAUCCUGCCAGCUGCGCCAGAUGUGCCAGCUACAGCUUUGUGAACACCGAGAUGCUACGGCAGAUGGUCGAGAACGCGGUGGCUCCCAUUUUGGAGGAGCUGAAGCAGAGGACCCCACUCUUGGGCACAUGCCCCAGCUGCCAGCGUUUGCAGAAGAAGAUAAUGGAUCUGAAGCAGUCAGCCUUGGAUACACACACACGGGCAGAGGUUCUGAAUUCGAAUAUUCGUCUAAGUCAGGAUGAAGCCUGGAGCGCCAAGAACCAUCUGGAGUGGGCAAGGAGGAGCCCAGACAAGGACAAGGCCGCCAGCCUGGAUUACCUCCGCAAAAAGCUGAGCUCCCGCCAUUCACAACUGUCCCUGGUCUCCCAGGAGGGGUCAUCCCAACCAGAAGUCAUCUCCGUGGCUGCUGCUGGGGCCCUCAUGAAGAAGAAUUCCUGCCCUGCCGAGUUAAACUGUGACCCCGAUAAUGAACAAGAGUAA